AUGUCGACAACAACAAACACGAUUAACGGAGAAGAAAAUAAAUUAUUGGAACCUGCUGUUAAAACAUCAAUUGUUCGAUUUAAUAUCAAUCAACAAUGUCCGAUACAAAAUGUCACGGUUUACAACGAUCGUGCUGAAGUUACACGACUUUUAAAGCAUCAUUUUGAUGCUGUAGGUACUUAUGAUUUAGUCUUUGAAGGUUUUUCUCCAUUCGUUGAUCAAACAUCACUACAUGUCAGUGGAGGAACGGGUAAAGCAUGUACGAUCCUUGAAGUCUCGUAUCAAACGUGCUAUGAUAAGACAUCACCAGAUGUCGAUUUAACUUCGUUGGAUCAAUUACAGAAUGAAUUUCAACAGGUCGUAGCGGAUAUCACUGCCCAUCAACGAGAAAUAGCACGUCUUGAUAAACAACGAGCCUGGCUUGAUGGCCGAGCGACGAAACUGAUGAAUCAAGAUGGGGAGAUAAAGUCAAAUGAUCUCGAUGCCAUGGAUCAAUUUAUGGAUUUUUAUCGUAAGACUUUAGCGAAAUUGGACGAUCGAACAACUGAAGAGGAGAAGGAGGUUAAAAAAUUGAUCGAACGCAAAGAUGGAUUAAAAACGAAAAUCGAUCAACAUGGUGCAGCAAGUGAUGCCAGUCGUCGAAAAGAACGUCGUGAAGUGACCAUUACAGUACAUAUAGGAACGGGCAAUGUUGAUGUGGAUCUGGAACUAUCAUAUUUAAUAAGUAGUUGCUCAUGGAAAGCAAGUUACGAUGUUCGUGUUAGUAGUACGGAUCUUUCAAACCAACGAACACAAUUAACCUACUAUGGUAUCAUCACUAAUAAAAGCCAGGAAAACUGGAGUGAUGCACAACUAUCGUUAUCAACAGCUACGCCGUCACUUGGAGGCGCCCCGCCAAAAUUAUCUACAUUGAAAAUUGAAUACUAUCAGCCUCGUUAUGAGAGUCGCUCAUACGAUUGUACUUUGUCGGAUGAAGGUCUAUCUGAUAUGAAAUACUCACUGAGUGCUUGUGGGUUAGAGGCGGAAGAAGCACCACGAUCAAGAAAAGCGAAAGGCUUUGUGAGUUUCCGUGGUCGAUCAGCUCUUCCUUCAAAACAAAUCUCUGAAGAUGAAGAAGAUCAUGUUAGAGCACAAAACACAGUCAACGUUUUAUCAACAACAACUGAAGCCAGUAUGUCAAGUUCUAGUUUUGCCAUACCUCGACGCGCAACUAUUGAAGCUGAUGGUAAACCACACAAAGUAACAAUAGCAGUUCUCGAUCUCAGCUCAUCAUUCGUCUACACAGUCGUACCAAAAUUAUCACUUCACGCAUAUCUCAAAGCAACAACUACGAAUACAUCAGAUAAACAACUUCUCGCCGGGCCAGUUGCAGUUUUCAUGGAUAAUAAUUUCGUUACAAAUAGUACCAUCGAUAAUGUUUGCAUGGGUGAUACCUUUGACUUACCAUUAGGUACCGAUGCUAGUGUCAAAGUCGAGUAUAAACCAGUUAAAACCAAUACCGAAACCCAAGGUAUAGUUUCGAAAACUCAUCAUGAAACAGUUCGUCGCGAGACACGCAUUGUCAACACAAAACUAAGUGACAUAACAGUUCACGUCUACGACCAAGUGCCUCGAUCAUCGUAUGAGAAGAUCAAAGUCAAGUUACUCGUACCCGAUCUACGUACUAAACAAGCAAAUACUGUCUAUACUGUGACCAUGAACGAUCAAAACAAUUUGGAAUGGAAAUGUCUCCUGAAAUCCAAAGCGGAUUGUCGACUGCCGUUGGAAUAUACAUUAGAAUGGCCAAAAGAGAAACGUAUCGAUUACAAAGAAGAGUAG